AUGGCGGCCGUGCAUCUGGCGGCGAUUCGCGGCGAUCUGCGCAUGCUGGUUGUGAUUGUGGAGAGUGGCGGUGACAUCACACUGCUAGACAAUGGCUUUGCAAGUCCUCUCUACUAUGCUGCCAAAUAUGGUCGAAUCGAGUGCGUUCGUUAUCUUCUAUCGAAACACAAAGAGAAUGAACUUAAAACGGUGACAUGUCACUACGACGAUGUGCCAUUGAGACAGGGUUAUGUCGAGAUUGUGGCUCUGCUGGUGACGAGUGGCUGCCACUUGGAACAGCAAGAUCCCAAUGGAUGGACUGUGCUUCACGCAGUUUGUAAGCGAAGUAAUGUGGAAGUGGUGAAGACGCUUUUAAAGAUAGAAUCAUUGUUGAAACCUUCUGCAAUCAAACAUAUGAUAACUGUCGUAUGUGAUGAUGGAUAUUCCAUCCACUUGGCGUGUCAUUACUCCAAUCUUGAUGUCAUCAGACUUCUCAUCUCUCAUCAUUCACCACUCAACAAAUUUAACAGUUUUGGUUGCACACCUCUAAUGGUCUGUUGUCAGUCAGGUCAAUACCAGACUGUACAGUUAUUGUUAGAUGCUGGUGCCGAUCCUAACCUAGUGAGCCCAAUUAAUAAGAAAACUGCCAUGCAUUGGGCUGCUAAUCGUCGGGAUCUACAAAGGGUGUGGCUGCUGCUUCAAUUUGGUGGUGAUUAA